GCGCCGCGGCUCCUCAAGGUGUUGGCGGCGCGGCCGAAGAUGGCGACAGACUGAGGGCAAUGGGGCCCGGCGGGCGCGGCGGGGCCCGGCAGCUGGCGCAGCCGACGGGGAAGCGGAAAGCCGAGUGAGCGGGCCCGGGGCAUGCCCCCGAGCGGCGGCCGGCGCUCCGCGGCCGGGGCGGGGAGCGGGAGCGGGGCCGAGGCGGCGCGGCGGCCGGCGGCGGCGGCGGCGGCCUGUAGGCGGGGGCGCGGGCAUGGCGGCGGCGGCGGCGGCGGCGCGGCGCGGCGGCCGCAGGUGACAGCGGCGGCAGCGCGGCGCUCCCCCCCGCCGCCGCCGCCGCCGCCGCCUCCCCCCCGCGCCGCCCCCGCAGCAUGAUCCGCGGCGCCUGGAUGUACCCCCGCGGGGGCGCCGGCGGCGGGGCGGUGUGCUGCGCGCCGCGCCGCAGCGACAAGCCGGUGGCCGACCCCGAGCGGGCGCAGAAAUGGCGCCUCUCGUUGGCUUCGCUGCUCUUCUUCACCGUCCUCCUCUCCGACCAUCUGUGGCUCUGCGCCGGGGCCAAGCUGCGGGCGCGGGAGCGGAGCGGCGCCGGGCGGGCGCGGAGCCGCGGGCCGCGGGCCCUGCUGGCGGCCGAGCCGGCGGGCGGCAGCUGCGAGGCCUUGCUGGGGAACCUCAGCCGGGCCCCCGGCCCCGCCGGCCCCUGCCCCGCCGCCCGCGGCGACCUGGACUCGGCCUGUGCCCGGCUGCACGCCCUGCAGCGGCCGCGGGGCUCCCUGGCCGGGGCUCCCCUCCGCUCGCCCCCCGCCGCCGCCGCCGCCGUCGUCGCCCCCUUCUUCGCCUCUCCCUCCUCCAAGAGGACCUUCCUGCAGGCUUACUUUAGGAACUUCAACCUCUCCUUUUGUGAUACUUACACGAUCUGGGACCUGCUGCGGGAGAUGGCCGGCCCGGACGGCCUGGACUGCAGCGUGGACAACCUCAUGGUGGACUUGAUGGUGGCGGCGGCCGGGGCGCUGGGCGGGGAGGCCUGUAGCAGCUGCGUCCAGGCGUACCAGCGGCUGGACCAACACGCUCAGGAAAAAUACGAGGAGUUCGACCUCUUGCUGGAGAAGUACUUGCAAUCAGAAGAGUACUCGGUCAGAUCCUGCCUGACGGACUGCAAGGCUGUCUAUAAGGCCUGGCUGUGCUCCGAGUACUUCAACGUGACCCAACAGCAGUGCCGGCAGCGGAUCCCAUGCAAGCAAUACUGCCUGGAGGUGCAGACCAGGUGCCCGUUCGUGUUACCGGACAAUGACGAGCUGAUCUAUGGAGGUUUGCCUGGCUUCAUCUGUACGGGGCUGCUGGAGAACCCGCUGCCCGACGAGGAGGCCAAGUGCUGCGAGGUGCAAUGGGACUCCUGCAACCACCCCCCAGACAGCAGCGACAACACAUCCCCCCAGUCCACGGCCUCCGAGUCCCUCCAUUUCCACCGCCACGACCCCCAUCUCCAUCACCAGCGGCACAACCACUACCACCUCUACCACCACCACCACCAGUACCACCAGCCCCACUCCCCGUCCUUGCUGCCGGUCUCCGCAGGGUCUCGCCUCGGCAGUAGCAGGAUCAGGCUCUGCGUGCUGGUCCUGAUGCUUCUCCACACCAUGGUGUCCUUCUCCAGCGUGCACGGUGGGGCGGCCGGCGGGGGGCUCAGCCUGGAGAGCCUCCCCGCCCUGGAAGAGAGCGUGGCAAGGGACGAGUGACACGCAGGGGACAGCCGACCUCCAAGAAGAAUGCCAGAUCUUUUUUCCACGAAGGGGGGGGCACAUGCUAUUCCUCCAAUGGGAGGCACGGGAUUGGGGGUGACGCGCACACACACACCCCCGCACAUACCCCCAAGAGCUGCUCGCCGCGGGGCAUCCCCGUGAUGAAGAGUCUCUAAUGCGCACAGGGCUGCGGGACUCGGCUUUGAGAAGGGUUCGGUCAGUGGCAGCCGGGCAGCGCGGCGAGAUGCCAGUGCGGGAAGGUACAGCACGGGGGGGGCAAGGGAGGGGGUCCCUGCGGAACAGGGGUCCCUGCGGAAAAGGGGUCCCCGUGGGAUGGCCACGCAUCUCCCGGCCACCUGCCGCGAGUGCCUUGGGUGCCCGCCAGUGAUGCCAAGGGUUUGACGGUCAGUCUCGCCCCCGGUUCUUUUCCUCUUCGGUCCGUAAAUCCCGACAGGGUGGGGGGCAGCAGCCCUCUGCACAGCUCCUGUCCCAGGGGAACAACCCACCAGUUCAAGGCAGAGCAUCCUCGUGGGGUGCAGUGUCCUCAGCCUGCGUUCCCCGCGCUGAUGGGAUCUGGGGGGCAGGAGUGGUACGGAAUUACGCUACACUGUGGUACUACUCGGGGUUCGUCUCAUGACGUCCCCGAGCUGCUCCCCCAGCCUUGCCUCCCCUGCUCCUCUGUGCAAGGAGGUGGGGAGGGAGGGAGGAGACACGGGGCAGGAGGGACAUCCCCAGCGUUCCCAUCUCCCCCUCUGCCAAGCAUCCUCAUGAUUUGGUUUAACCUUUUUUUUACUUUCUGUGGGGCCUGGAGCGGCUGGUCUCCAAGGGGACUUAGGGAGAUGUGAGCCUGGCAGUGCACAGGCUCAGCCAGGGAGCGCGUGUCCAAGGCGUCCGUCCUUCCGUCCUUCCCAGCUACAAAUCAUGGGCUGGAUGGCAGAAGGGCUGGAGAAAUCUGGCCUGUAGGGAGAGUCUCCCACACAAAGACAAAGCGCUAAUGAAGCCCAGCUGGGGAAGAGAGGCUUUGUGAAUACUUUUUAUCCGUGGGUGCCCCCCCAGAUCAGAAAAUUUGCAGGAGCCCGGCUGGGAGAGCUGGACUCGGCCGGGCAAGGUGCUGGCUGGUGCAGCCUCGUUUGCCUCCCUUGUUUGUUCUCUUUAACCUGAGCUCAGCAAAUCCAGGGAUCCAGCCCCAAACAGGCGUCAGAUCCCGCUUUCCUAAGAAACCCCCAAAUUCCGCAUCUGCCCACCAGGACCUGUUUGCAGGAGGGAUGCUGUGAGGUCGUACGUGGGGGGGACAGCUCUGCGCCUCCGGGCCAAGCACCAGAGACAAGCAAGUUCAUUCUGGGUGUGGGUGAAGGGUGCGUUUUAGCAAGAGUCAGCUGCGAAGUGUCCCGGUCGUGCUGUGGAUGUGAACCUGCUCGGUGCCUGCAGAGGAUGCGUGUGAUGGUCCCUCUCUUUCUGGGCUGGUGCUUCCCGGGGCGAUCACGGGAUGGAUGGAGCAGGAGGAAUGUCCUCCUGCAUCUCAAACUCAUCCCGGAUCCCUGUGAGGCUCCAUGGAGUUGAGGAUUGUAAGAGUUUUGUGGUUUCUGGUGUGUUGAGGUGAAGCAAACCCAAGCGGAGCCCUGUGGGCAAAGCUUCUUCCUACCCCGCGGGAGGGAGAAAGGCAGAAGUACCAGCAUCUCGGGGGAAGAACACCUUUCCAGGUCAUUUCCAGCCCAUUUCCAGACCAAAGAGGCUCUGGGAAGCAGCUGGAUGUUUGAUUUCUGCUUUGACUUGAAUCUCAGAGCUUUGGGGUGAUGUUUACACGUUCUCAGUUACCUGUUACCAAAGUCCCGCAGAUACAGAGCCUGUGACCCCGCUGUCCCUCGGUUGCUGGGCUAGGAGAGGUGGUGCUUGUGGAAGAUGCGGGUUUCCCGAGCAGAUUUCCAUGCCGUCGCUACCCAGAAAAGGUAGGACGAUUCUUGUUUAACUGUUCUUCAUUUUCAGCCUAGUUUACACCCCUGUGAGAACCUGGACGUGCAACAGUUCAGGAAAUAGGGAUCCGAAUCCUCUGUUUGCUGCUGAGCAGCGAGCGGUGUAGCUGCUGGGAUGACUCGCAAAAGCACCCAGGGAGCCCUGCGCCCGCCUCCAGAUCCAGCUCCUUCUGAGCAAAAUUAGAUUUUUCAUGUACUGCCAAGAGUUAAGCUAAUUCCAGGCGCCUCUCUCGCAGAUAGGCUGCGGACAGUCUUCGAGCGACUCAUCGAGAGAGAGAAGAAUAGCCCAGUGUGGUGCGUCAGCCGGUGGCCCUGAGUCACCGGCCCUAUUCAUUGUGUGCCGGGGUGACACUGAGCAGCGCCCGAGCCUGCGCAGACACCGUGGUGCUCGUGGUCUUCAUGAUGUUCGUGAUGUUCCGGGCUCGGUUUUUCUGCACCACGCGUGUGUUUGGAGCCCGUUCCAGAGGGGUCCGUGCCCUCGUGCCCACCCCGAGGCCGAGCAGAGCCGUGGAGCGGGCAGCGCAGGCUCGGGCGGUCUCUGGGGGGGUUUUGUGACGUCCACCGAGGUCCGACAUCCCCGGUUUAUCUUCAGGGACCAGGGCAGGCUGGCAGGGGUUGGCUGGAGUCACCCAGGAGCUGUGACAAAGGUCUUCGCCCUCCGUAACGCCAGCGGACGAGCUGCACCACGGGUCUGCAGCCUGAGCCGGUUCAAAAUUGGGGUGUUUAGCGUGGUUAUUAAGGAGGUGUAAUUGCACCAAGGGAUGGGGGAGGCUCGGCAGGGCUGUCCCCGUAAGAGAUGCACAGGUUUUCCAGGCUGCAGCAUCCCGGGAGCUGUUCCCGUGAGGAUAACGUGCCGGGGGGGCAGGCACAGGGCUGGGAUUUUUACCUAGUGUGACUGGGAGGAAAGUGCUGAGUCUUCACAGAGCGAGGCUUUUUGGAAGGAGUUCUUUUAUUUAGCGAGUCUGGGCUGCCGUCAAUAAGUUCUGUGGUUUUAGGGCACCAUAUGCUGUAUUCAACACUCUGCCAAUCUCGUUAAACGGAUCCAGACGCGGCUGUUCAGAGAGCGGGCCGGAGCAGCUGGAAGCGGCGCAUGUCGCAGUCCAUCAUUAUAAGGCCGUCGGAUAAAAAUCUUCUCUUUGGUCUGACAUUACAACUUCAAUAAUCCUCCAUCCAUAUUAGAUUUCUCUGUGCUGUACAAGAGAAACAUCCAGAAAGGAGACGUUAACAUUGUCUCAGUUAAUGCCACUGACAUUAUUUUUAUUAAAACAUGGAGUGAAUGUGCCUGGGAUGAGGAGGAAAAGGGGUUUUUGCUCCAUGUGUGCAGGUACUGCAGCCGGAGGCCCUCCUGUGCCACCCUGGAAAACACCUGCGUUUAUCCUACCGGGAAUUUAAAACCGAGGUGCUUUUUAUUCCGCAAUCUUAUUUCUUCUCCCUGAAAAAAGGUGCCACGCAUUGGGGUUAAUCUGUAAAACUCAGCUGUGGAUAAACGUGUCUCUGCUCAUUGGAAAACGCCCCCGGGAUGGGGGAUUCUGCGCCAGGAUGAGCGGGGCGAGGGUGAUGCUGUCCCUGGUUGGGAUGCAGGAGAAAAGGUACCUGGGUCCUGCCCUCCUGCAGCGUCAGUCCUGGGUUCUGCACUUUCAUGUAGCUGCCAGUUGUACAAAUUAAUUAAAAAUAACUGAAGAAAAAUCCCAAAGAAAGGCCCUGCUUCCUCUGGCGAAGAUUAAUCAUUAGUUGAGCCUUUUUCUUAUGAAAAUACAGAUCCAUGGUAGCCCCAGGCGAAAGAUUCCCAGGGAGAGCCCUCACCAUUCGUGCUCUGAGUUAGGGAAAUCGCUUUGAAAGCAUCUGACAACUAAAGCAGAACAUGUUGAGUAACUUGGCAACACUCGGAAAACAUCUUGAAAUGGUUUUUGUUCAACACAUUUUGCUUUGCUUCAAUAGGAGAUGUCAGGGCAGUUCAGCCGCUGCCAGCCGGGGCUGCGGGCGGCGCUGGGAGCCGGCUCCUCUGCCCGCCGUCCAAAAGCAAGUCCCGCUAUCUGCUCUGGGGCUGGAGCGUCCUCGGCGGGCGAUGGAGGGUCCUGUCGCCCAACCCCAGAGGUCCCUGCGGAUAUACAUUAUCCUUUAAAGGUUGGAAGGGCAGCGGGACGUUAAUAACCAUCUACUUCAGCCCAUCAAACCAAGUCUUCUCGGGCAUCCCAGCGCGGUUCCUCCGUGACAAAACCCCCCAAAUUGGCCUGUUUUCCCCCAGAAGGAGCCCGAUCCGGGCAGCUCUGCGGGGCCCGCUCAGCUCCCAGCAUCCCAGCAUCUGUAUUGCAGGAAUUAAGCGUUUCAGCAGCAAUUUUUCAGGUGUUCUUGGCCCGUGGAGCAAUUAGGGUGACGGCUCCCGGUCCUGUGCGUCACCACAUUGUCCCCUGAGCGCCAGCGCCCAAAAAAUCCUGAACAUCAGAAAACCCUGGCGCUUUACACCCGUGUUCCCUGUGGUUGAGCAGAGAAGAGCAUCCCCCAAGGUAGUUCCCUUUAAAAGCUGUUGGGACGUUUUCAAGCCCGCUGCCCAUCUGGUACUUCUGUGGGAAGCGGGGUCAGGAGGGGUUUCCAGCCUCGUUAGCGUUUUACGAUGAUCCUUUUUCAGCCCAGGAAGUUGACAAAUUCGCUCGUUGGAAACUGAAACUCGACAAAGAGAAUCAGUUUUGGCUUAGGAAAUUUGGGUUCGGUUUUACCAUUUUUAAACGUAUUUAUUUGGGAACCGUACGUGCUCGUGUUGCAAAACAAAAAGACAUUUCAAGCCAGACCUUUUUUUAUUUUGAAACUUGUCGAAACAAGCCAUAUUGAUAAUUAUGACCGAUUUAUUGUUCUCAAAUAGAGAAACGCAUCGAGAGCGGCCCUUUCCCACCAAACCUUUCCUUUUCAAAAGAAAAACCCCUUUCAAAUCAAUCACACUUUUUCUGCUCGCACAGCUGGGACCGGUGGCAGCGGAUCCGGAGAGAAUAGCAAUUUGUAAGGAAUUCCAACCAGUUCUACUUAAAAUAGCAUCCAGCCGGCUUGUUGGGGCCGAGCGGCUCAAUAAAAAGGCAGAUUGGAGGAACUGGAGAGCAGCCGUUGUGCUGGGGGGACUCCAGCCUGGGUCACCCACCUUGGGGACAGUCCCCUGCGGAGUUCGCUUCUCCAGGUCCCCAACCAUCCCCUGACCAAGCGCUGUGUUCUUUUCCAACCCCAAAAUCCAGCUGCUUGGAGCCUUUCCCUUCGAGAUGUGACGCGGGCGGGAUGUCCUCGGAACCAGAGGUGCUGCCGCGUCUCACGGGGGCCUGAAAUGGGGAGGGUCUCGCUGCGGCGGGGGUGGCGCACGGUGGGAAAAGCGGCGUUUUCAAGGGGAAUUGCUGGGGAGACCCCCGAGGACGACAUCUCACCCUCUUGCCCUUCUCCGUUUGGGACACGGGAGACGCUGCUUUGGGUCCGUCUGUCCCUCGGGUGCCGGGGGGACACGGGACGCAGAGGGGAUCGGGGCGUCCCUGCUGGUUGGGCUUUGGGACUGUGACCAGGCUGCUUGUGACCGAACCCUUCUCAAGUGCUUGUGGAACGUCGGUGGUUACAGAACUCAGACCUACAAAAAAACCAACAAAAAUCUUAAAAAAAAGGUCCUUUUACAGUACAUGGUGGCGAGGGGGAAAAUAAAGGAAGAAAACGAACCCCUAGUGCUGAAGUCAAGAUGUUCUUUCUGACCCCCUGCCCCGUUUCUCUUUCUUUCCAGCUUUCGGCCUCUGCCUCCCGGACCCGCCCCCUCUGUUCCCACCCCCCUUCUGUUUCUCUUUCUCCCCCCGUCAUAAGAAGUGACUGUGUCCUCGAGGGGACGCUUUUCUUAUGCCAUUUUAUACACUGUGCUUCAUGUUUAGAACUUUUUUGCACUAGUUCCUACUACAUUUAUUUUCCAAAACGGUUUGACAAAAAAGAUUAAAAAAAAAAAGAAACAAACAGAUCCCCCCCAAGGAAAACACAAACCCAUGCUAUAAUUCAGUUGUAUUAAAAAUAUUAUCCUACUACUCUCUGUGUUCAAUAGUCUCUGUACCUGUAAUGCUUUCAGUUCUGUUGUAUUUUGGGGCAGAGGUUUUCUCCGCUCCUUGUUUAACCCAGUAAAGAAAUAAACUGUUAAGAAUUGAUGAUAA